AAUAAACAAGUGCAUAGAGAGAAAGAAGGAAGAAAAAGAGAAGCAGAAGUGAAGGCGGAAAAAGUGGGGGACGCUUUUCUUUGAGAUUCUCAGAGGAUCUCUAUUUAUAAUACCAUAACGCCGGAGAAAACACGGUUUUCGUUCUUCUUCUUUUUUUAAUCUUUUUCUUGAAAAUAGGAUUGGUUUUGGCGGGAAGAGUGUGGGUGGAGAUGAUGAGGAGGAUGGCCGGAGAGGUGCUCAGAGUCCGGGAGACGUCGCCCGAUGAGGCUGAGACUAGCUUUCGCGAGCUCGAUGAUGUUUUCCUCCAGACUCAGACGAGAAUAUGGCUUGGAGAAGUUCUUCAUGAAAGGUUUGAUGAAGAAAUGGCUGUUGCUGAUUUAUUGGCAGAUGGAGAAUUGCUAUUUCAAGUAUCAAAAGCUGUGUGGAAGAUGAUAUUGAAUAAGAAUGUGGAUAUAAGGCACUCAAAAUUCUUUAUCUAUGAACGUACUUCUUUUGGUAAGGCUGAUGGGAGAUAUAUGGCUUAUCCCAAGGUUGACUCCUUUUUAAAGAUCUGUCAGAUCUUGGGGAUGACCGGCAUUGAUCUAUUUUCCCCACCUGAUGUUGUCGAAAAAAGGGAUAUUCGUAGGGUUUGCAUGUGCAUUCGCUCUCUCUCGAAGAAAGCUAGAUUGAUGAAAUUAAAUAUUUUGACAUUGUUACAUACACAAUAGCCAUGCCCUACUGGUUUGGUUGGUGGUCUACGUAGGAGUUUAGAGCUAUCACAGCGCAACUCUUCUAAUUCCAACGGGAGUAGCCCAUCAAUGGGUCCAAGGGGAUUGCACAAGCAG